AUGCAAUCCCAAGAUAGAUGGUCCGCGGCUGGCCUAAUCCAGGUCCCGCAUUCGUUCGAUCCAAUUCCAGCACUCCACAUCCCCGAGCACCAUGGCACCGAACCUUCGAGCACUGCCCAGACUAUGCCCGUAACAUCUAUGGACCCGCCAACCCGUCCACGAAAAAGGAAGGCCCCAACUCUGCCCGCUGUCGCUUGGGAGCCGUACAAGGCUCGAAUCCUCGAGCUACAUAAUACAGAAGGACUGCCUCUAAGGGAAGUUAAAGAAAUGAUUAAAAAGGAGUUUGGCUUUACUGCUGAGAUACGACAAUACCGAACACGCAUAAGCCAAUGGGGAAAGGACAAAAAUAUCAAACCAGAAGAGAUGAAAGCAAUAGUUAGAAAAAGACAAGAAAGAAAACUUGUCGAGAGUAGCAAACGGGAGCUAGUCUUUACAGUUAGGGGCAGUGAAGUAGAGCCGCAGAAGAUCAACCGAUGGAUGAAGCGGAAUAACGUCCGUGAAAGCCUAUUGUAUGCUCCUACUACCCCAUCGGCUGUACGCUGUCAAACUAUUUCUGAACGCGAUUCUCCAGUUCCCAAUUCCGCAUUUUCACCAGCAGCUCCAAUAUUCUCACCAGAAAGCAAUGUUUCUAUAGCUCAAAGUCCACAAAUAUUCUCUCCUGCCCUUUCAAUUGCAAGCAUAGUUCGACCUCAAAGCAACACUUUCAUGGGGAAAAGUCCGGCUCCUACCUACCAAUAUCUUCCCAGCUUCCCUCCGGGCCCCGUUCCUUCUGCAAGUGCCUUUCAAGGCCAGGUAGAUUCUGUAGCAACUUUUGUUCCUUAUCGGUACAGACAAAAGGAAGAAGAGCGUCUGCGAGAAGAACUCUUGACGGCAGAGACUUUGUUUGGGACCUAUCACUCUGGGACUCUAGGCAUAUUAUAUCAAUUAGGCGAGGUGCUUAUAGACCAAGGAAGAUAUAAAUCCGCAGAAGAGGUGAUUCGGAGAUUAUUAGAGCGUCGCCAAGCUAUAAGUGGUAACGACGAUGUGAACACGCUUAAUGCCUUCGAACUUCUAGGGCAAGUCCUACGCCGUCAGGGACUCUAUGCUAAGGCCGAGAAACUGUUCCGACGGACAUUUGGUUCCAGAAGUGUUAUUUUAGGAGUUGAGCAUGGAGACACGCUGAACAGUAUGAACAACCUAGGGUUGACAUAUAUGAGUCAAGGGCGGUGGAAGGAGGCCGAAGAGCUGGGGGUGCAAAGGCGGCUUGGGGAGGAGCAUCCAAACACACUGACUAACAUGGGUAACCUAGCAUUGACGUACAAGAAUCAAGGGCGGUGGAAGGAGGCUGAAGAGCUGGAGGUGCAAGUGGUGGAGACGAGAAAGAGGGUGCUUGGGGAGGAGCAUCCACACACGCUGAAUAGCAUGGCCAACCUAGCACAUACGUGGAAAUCCCAAAGCCGGAAUGAAGAGGCAAUCUUAUUAAUGGAAGAGUGCUUCCAGUUACAGAAGCAUAUUGUCGGCCCUUACCAUCCUCACACAGAAUCCUCACUUGAAGCUCUUAGCAAGUGGCAAUUAGAGAAAUUAAAUAUGAGGCUUUAA